GGAAAUACCCAAGCGCGUCAGCUUUAUUUUUCAGUAUAAAAAUGUCUAGCGGAACUUCACACUCUCUGCAAAUUUCCCUCUUUCGCUCCCAAAUCAGAACACGAAGUUUCGGUGAUGGAACUCUUCAACUUCUGGAAUCACUUUUAGUUUCCAAAGACGUGAAAUCGUUGGUUGAAGUGAGAUCGGCGUUGACAGAGUUCAUGAGAGAUGAAUCGCUUCAAAUCUUUCGAGAAAUUUCAGAAAAAUCUGUUGAGUAUAAGCUUCUAUGUACUGAUUUUCUGAUUCGUGUUUUCGGGCUUAUUGGUGAUGUUCAGAGUUGCUUGUCCUUGAGAUAUGAAGCAUUUGUUAUGCGUGAACAAAAGGCCACCACUGAUCCCAGGCUUCAAGUUUCAUGCACUGAAUGGCUCACCUUUGCCGAGCAUUUGCUUGAUCAUGGCUUUUACUCCAUUGCAAACAAGGCAUGUAAAAAGGCGCUGCUGUGCAUCAAGGUGAAUCAUGCAUCAGACCCUGAAGCAGACCACUUUUUCCACAAUGCGCAUCUCAUUGAGAAAAUCAAGAAACUCAAGGAUGUUUCUGCACUCUUAGCUUCUUCACGAUCUGUCCAGGCACAGGCAGUAGAAUACUCAAUGCAGAAAACGGUUGAACAAAGUUCAAAAAUCUCUAGCAUCUCUAAUGAAACCCAAUGUUCAGGGAGCUCUCGGUUCAGAAGUGGAAUCAGGCAAAACAAUUUACGGAAACUACGAGAGCAUCAAUGUCGAAAACAGACAUACUGCAGAGAUUAAGAUGUACAAAUCUCAGGUUCCUCCACCUUUUCCUUUUGUCUUGUCUUUGUGUUGAAGACAUACAAUUCUCAGGCAUAUAGUUAAAUCAAAUAGAUAUAGGAUUUCUCGCUGCAAUCAAGUGCUUUUCCAUGCAUUUAAGAUGGAGGAAUUGAAAUGAUGGCACUAUCUCAUAAGAAUUACAUGACAUCCAAUGCACGUGUAAUUUGUGCAUACUUGUGGAUUUGUCUAGUAGAAUUAGAGCUUUGAACUAGUUGUUCCAUCUAGUUGUACUUCUUUCUCUAAAACUUUGGGGAUGUUUGGUUAGAAGUUGACAGGAAUAUGGAAGCCAAAUAGAAUCAAUGAUUCCUUGUUUUAUUGGGAAGCCCUUUGAUUUUUUAUGCAUAUUUCACUUACUAACGAACCAUCUUCAUGUUUCUUUGUAAACUUCACUGAGAAAAGAUUCUAAUAAAUUUCUUUGUUUCUGGUA